AUGACCGACACUCUAAUAAUCCGCUUCAAUGUUGGCGGUACUCCGAUGGCCACCUUGAAGACAACGUUUCCAGUUGAUUCCAUCUUCCACAAAUGGUUUGUCUCUCGAACAAAGGCAUCUCCAUUCACAAGCGAUCGUGAUGGUGCGUACUUUGUCGACAGGGACCCAUUCUCAUUCGGCAUUGUCCUAAACUACUUCCGUCUUCGAAAAGCUGGACAACUUUGGGAAGCUUGCCUUCCAAAAGACCCGGACAGGUUGGCAAUGCUCACUCAGGAAGCUGACUUCUUCUUGCUCCCUCAACUUCGCGAUCAAGCCAUCUGCAUGCUUCAGCUAUGUAGCAACAAGAAUGAUUCCAACUAUAUCAAUGAGGUACUUGUUAAUAGAAAAAAGAUAAAAUAG